GGAGGCGUUGGCGUGUCGCGACGCGGGCGCUUGCGCUCCCGGAAAAUCGUCGGGUGGUCGUGGCGGCGUGUCUCGCAUGUGGUUCAGUACGGACGCUGUUCGCCCGACGAUAGACACACGCGCCCGACCGUCGUCGCCGCCGCCACAUAUUAACCCGCCGCCUCCGCAGCUGAUCGCAACGAGCAACCAUCAGUUCAAAAGAAGAUCAAAUUUCCGUCAUAUCAAUAGAUUUUUUAACUUUGGAAUCGUGUUUGGAAUAACAAGGCAGAAACUUUGAACAAUUUAUAAGUCAUGAAGAUGAGCAAAGUGGGCAACCAAACCAACUCUCAAGACCCCCAGGCGGUUAACUCUCGUGUUUUCGUGGGAAAUCUCAACACAUUUCAAUGUAGCAAAACCGACGUCGAAAGAAUGUUUCAACGAUACGGUCGCCUAGUGGGUAUAUCGAUGCACAAAGGAUUUGCUUUCGUUCAGUUCACUAAUCCCUUUGACGCUCGCAGCGCCUGUGUUGGAGAAGAUGCCCGGACAGUUUUGGGGCAAACAUUGGACGUAAACCUAGUGGCCGAACCGAAACCACAUCAGACCGGUAGGAAAAGGCAAAACUUAUCGAAAACCGGAAACGACUGGGAAUAUUAUUACAACAGUUAUUAUGCCGCCUCAUCGUCGACGAUAUCGCCGCCAACCACUGUGACAGGCAACAACUGUAACAACGGGGGCUCAAAGGCUUCGAAACGUCAAAAGGUUAGCCAUCAGUUCUCGGCAAAAGGUGGCCGUAAUCAGAACGGGGGCUGCGGUGGUGGUCAACCUCUAUCUGGACAAGGGCUACAGCAACAGUCGCAUCACGCCAUCGUGCCGGACCAACUCAAACUCUACAGCAAUCCAGACAUACUGAUAUGUGGUAACUGUCGCGAAAUGUUCACCGAACUGCAAGGUUUGUUGGAUCACAAGAAGGAAUACUGCAAGCUCAGGUUCACGUGCAAGUGUAACAACUCGGUCAAGCCCAAUUUCAACAACAAUAACAAAUGGCCCGGAAACUUGAACGAAGGCUGCAUAUCUUUGGUGUGCGUCCAGUGCAAAGAAUCAUUCGAUAGCGCUUGGGAUCUCAUGGUGCACGCACAAUCAGCACAUAUGAUGAACGUCUACCAGUUGACCACCAGGGACCAGGUUACGGCGUCGCCUGUGGGUACAGAAUCAGAAAACGGAUCGACGUGUUCCGUUGGCGCUCAAGUGAACAUCGACGAGGACGCAAACGGGUCGGCUGACGAGUCUCUGUGCGGAGGCCGUAACGAGUUGUACGAACCGAUGGACAAUGAUCGCAUUCGUGAUGACACCUCGCCAACGGCAAUGAGCUUCAUCGGCGAAACGGAAAAGGAGCUGACCGAUGCACCGCCAAUGACAUCUUCCUGUCAGACUUGUCUCAUACAACAGCCUAACAUCCAAGCACUUAUGGGCGUCCACUGAACCGCAAACAAAUAACAAUAUUAUAUACCGUAUACAUAUAUAAUAUUAUCAUUUCGUCGCCAUAAUAUAUUAUAGUAUAUUAUUAUAUCAUAAAUAGAUUUGCUUUUCAAACUAACACUACCGCCAGAACACUAGGUAACUUCCGCACCAUUCAUACGGCCAAUACAGCAAUAUUAUUAUUAUUAUUAUUAUUAUCAUCAUCAUCAUUAUUAUUGUAAUUGUUGUUAUUGUUAUUAUUGUAAUAUAAUAUUAUAAUGUACCUAACCUAUAACGUAUGUUAAAAAAAAACAUGACGUAAUACGUUUAUAUUGCAUUAAAUAUAUGUUUAAGAACAAUUUGAAUCCCUUGACGAUUCUUUGCAAAAGUACUUAAGAGUUCAGUUGGAUAUUAUUAUUAUUAAAUAGAAAUUAUUAUUAAUUUACUUGUUAGUUAAAAACAACUUUUUUUAAAUAAUUUUCUUUGUCAUCACUACAUAAUAUUUAUACGUUAAUUUUUAAGACCACCUAAUACCUGUGUACGAUGAACGUAACACUCAUCGUUCAAGGCGCCUAUAAUAAUAUUUAUAUAUAUAAUAAAUGUAUCGUUUUUAUUUUAUUUCAACUAUAAAAUAAUGCACAAUAACAAUAUCGGAGAUUCUACGAAUGCAUAUAAUACAUGUAUCGAUUUGAAGCAGAAUAAUUUUUCACGCUUGACGAAACAAAUUACAAUUAUACAUGUAUGACCUAUAUACUAUAGAUAGGUAUGAUUACUAGGUAUGUAUUGUAUACAGGGCAAUUCAUUGAAAGGUUAACACUCCUCAGACAGCAUUUGAAAAUAUUAUAAUCACAAAUAAUAAAAUGUGAAACGGUUUGGUUAGAUUAGGUUAGUAUACCUAUAAUAUAAUAUAAUAAAAUAUUUGGAGUGUGUAUAAUCAUUCUCAAAUGCUUUCUGGGAAAUUUUCUCAAAAAGUUUUAAGCAAUUUUAGAAAAAAAUUUGUUUUAAUAAUAAUUUGAAUUCGUUUCAAUAAAAUAUUUUGAAAAAAAAUUAUAUUUUUAUUAUUUUUAAUAAUAGCUAGCAUGUAUUAACGUAUUGUUUUGCAAAUUAAAUUGCGUAUAUCAUUAAAAAAAAUUUAAAAAUGAUGAUAUAAAAAUAUAUAUAAUAAUAUAAUAAAAAUAGUUAAAUAAUAAUUAACAUUAUUCCAAAAACUUCUAGAGAAACUGAGUACCCGACUAUUAAAAGAAACGCCAUGCAUACAAUUCAAUCGUAUUGGAUUUCGAAUUGAAACUACAAAAAACUGUUUCGAAAAGUUAUAAUUUCAUACUUACUAUGCAUCAUACUACGCUUAUAUAAUAUACCUACUUAUCAGUGUUCGGAAUAAAACUCAAUGAUUAACAGAUGUUUUGAGGUCAUAAAUAUUACAUUUAAAAUGUAAUGAAUACAUUAUACAUUCAUUGAAUUAAUAAAUAGUUAGUGAAAUUAAUCAUGCCAUAUGAGUAAAAAAUAAAAAAGCAAUCAUCAUCCGUAGUUAAUUUUGUUUAGCUAUAUGUUAAUUAAAUAUAAAAUAUAUUUUUGCCUAACACUGAUGAUAAUAUAUUCUUAUGAUAAUUAUAAUAAAUUAUGUGUAUAAAAAAAAUUUCUGUUGUUCACUCGACUAGCGUAUACUUUAGGUACAAUUUUUUUUUUUUUUUUUUUGAUAUAAUGUUAAGUAAUACAUAUCAUUACGUUUAAACGCAUAACGGUUAGACCAUUAUGUAUCAAAAUUUAUAUAUUAUUAAACUUUUUGUCAUAAAUAUUAUAUCCAUGUGUAUACUACAAUCGUAUUAUACCCACUUAGCCUACAACAAUUGUGCGGUCUAAUAUCAUUGUACUCUAGUCUUAUAAAUAUAUAAUUUAUUGUAUCUAAUAAAUUGUUUGGCAAUAUUUAAAAGGAUAUGUGUUAUAAAUUUAUUUUAACCUGUUGCAGCGCUAACCACGACUAUUGUCAUACGUUUUACUACAAUAUAAUAUACAGUGUGUGUGUGUCGUUGUA